AGUGAAAUUGCGCCAGUUUAAAGAAAUUUCGUUAGCAUUUCAUUUCAAAUGCAUGCUCCAGACAUUAAAAGCGACGACUAACGCUUGCCAGCAGCCUGUCAUCGAUCCACAUCUACGCAUGUGUUAAAAUCUUUGGAUAAAGCCCCAAACGACUCCACCAUCAAUUAUCACCCUGAACUUGGAAUAAACAGCAACAAAGCUCUUGAACGGGCCGAUAUAAAUGUUGGAAGCGGCGCUGAGUGCAUCAUCAGUUCUGCAGCAGCUGUGCCAAUACACACGUGCCAACCGAAGACGCCGGAAUAUACAUAUACACAGUUAAGCAAAAUGAAUAAAACUACAAUUUGGUAUGCAGCUGUGCUGCUUGUGGUCUACUUCACAUUGGUGUUCUGUGAGGAGACGGCAGAAGCAGGAAACGCGGAAACUCAAAUCAUGAACACGAACUCGGAUAUGGAAACGGAUACGGAUACGGAAACGUUAUUUAACACUGGCCGAGCACUGUUGGAAUUCGAAGGACGCACACGUCGCCAUGGCCAUCGCUUCUGGUAUCGUCACCUGUGGCCCCUGGCCAUUGCCUAUUGGAUUAAGGUGAAAGUGGUUAUAGUCUCCUUCUUUCUGGGCAGCGCCAUUUACUUGGGCCUGCGCUACUUUUGGCCACAUGCCCGAUGCAAUCAAGAGAUAAUUCUGGAUCAUCCUCCUUCAUCCUUUGGCCACGAUCACAUUCCCUACUCACUGGAUCAUCAUUCGGAGCAUGAGCAUUAUGAUGCACCCAGCUCGUAUGACUCGAGUCCCUCGUUUGAUCCCUACUCCGGCUACUCCAGUUACUCUGGCUACUCAUCCAGCUCGGAUAUUAUGUCCGACGUUCAUGGCGAUUCACCUACCGGUACCACGGGACCCACCGGCCCCUCGGAUACGCGUCGUCGAGGCAGACGCAGCAUCGAUAUUCUUGAUGUCGACGAGGAUAAUGUUGCUGUCGAGCAGGAGGAGCCAGUGGAGAUUAUUGAUGAAGAGAUUUCCGAGAGCGUAGCACGCCAGCAGCCCGCCGAAGAGCAAAUCGCCGAAUUUAUGUUUGCCUUUUUGGGCUUGGACUCCAAGGCCUGCCGCCGCCGUUUUGUCUGUGAGAUGGAGUUCCGCUCCAAGCUGAACCCGCUGUCGAGCAUGGCAUUCCGCAUAGUGGGUCGCGGCUUCUUCGAGAAGUACACAAAUGCGCGCAAUCCACAGACGAGAGCUACUAAUUUCCUAGAAUGUGCCGCCGUGAAUCCCGAGUGUGUUUUUGUUGAGAACACCGAGCCAGAGAUUACGCCCGCCGAAGAAGUAGAGGCUACUGCUUCCACCGAGGCAACUGAGCAGGAGAACACGGUGGAAACGCAGAAUGAAGUGAAUUUAGAGGCUGAGCGCCGCCAUGCUCAGCAGAGGAAGCGUCGCGGGGAUCGCAUGCUCAGCUCGAUUGCCGAGCACAUUCUGACGCAGUAGAAGAGUCCUAGGGCCG